AUGCUUCUUCACAAGUUUUUACUAUCGAAUCCCUGCGUCGGCGAAGCCGCUGCUUCCGGGCUGUUGCUGCCUGCGUUCAACCGCCCAGUCGAGAAUCUUCUCUUAGCAGAAGUCCGAGGGUGUUGCAUCAAAAGGCGUCUGCCUUUUUGUCUGUGUGCUCAUUUUUGGACUCAUUUGGGUAGAGAAUGCAGAGGGAAAGGGUCGACGCCUACCCGGGUCUGGCCGCCUCUGCAGCUUCCUCUGCGGCCUUCUUCUCCUCGUGUAUCUCCCUGCAGUGUGCAGCAGCGGCAUUUCGCAGUUGAGACGACUGGGGCGCCUCUUGAGGAGACGCAUGCGGCGUCCAGGGGCCCUCAGGCGACGCGAGAAAACACCAGAAGGGACACACAAAAGAGGCAGAUACGAACGAGGAAGGGGGGACGGGGGCCGAGGGCUGCGACGGAUCCGCAGCAGCUCCAGCCUGCGUCUUCAACCUGCGGCUUUAGUUAUUCGAAUUUCGUCCGCAAGUGCUCCGAGUGGCUGACAGAAAGGCAGCUGGAGCGUGUAGCAGUUCGCCUCAAGGCGUACAAGGGGCUCAAGAAGACCCCCCGGCCACAGAACAAACUCGCCGUAGUUCGAGAUAUCGGGAAGAUUGUCCCGACGGAGCACCGCGGGGAGUUGAUGAGGCUUCUGGCCGCCAGUUUGGACGUCGUAGACCCUCAUCACUUUCUACGUCUCUCGAAAGCAUCUUCAGACCGCAUUGCCUCUCAAGACGACGUAGGCGAUGGGAUGCCGCAGUCCAUCAUGGGCGACUAUACGGUGGGGGCAGAGCUCCUGCGUUCUCAGUCAAAUCGAAACAAAGCCCAGCAACGGACAUCUACGGCCUUUGCUGAAGAUGAAUUCCAACGCCAUUUUCACCCCGGAGAUCCUCAGUACCCGCAGAGGGAGAUUGCCUUGAGACCCCCAACACCAACGCGCUUGACAGAGGCAAGAGAGGGCUUGGAAGUGCACACGAUGAAGCGUCUGGUCUUCAACGCUGUCGCAUCUGCGCUGCAGGCGUUUUCGGGCUGUGGGAAAAUCCAACGGCUGGAAAUAUUUGAUGACCGUCUGCGGACUCUGGAUCAAACGGAGGACGUGAGUCGCAUUGCUUUAGCUGCUCUGGCAUGUCAGAAUGCUCCAAAAAUGCGGCCACAUUAUGCACCUGAGAGCUCGCAAAUUGCCCGCAUACUAUCAUUUGCACUGGUCCACGAAGCCGCGCCUACGUGCGAUUAUCCUGGGGUUUGCCGUAUCCGAAUGACAAACCCAAAGUUGUUCGGACCGGGUCCAUCGGCAUUCGCAGUUGGCAGGAACGGCUUCUCAGACAUCGUUUCUGCCACAGCGGACGGGAGCGUCUUUAUUCCAUCCAUUGGCGGGCCAGAGACAGACGAGGAAGAGGAAGAUCUCCAAAAUGCAGGCAAAGUGUCUUGUUUUCCUGGGGAAAGGUUCGACCUAGGCCGCCACGUAGUGAAGAAGUCAACUAGUAGACUUUGUGAUACCAGAGGGCAACUUCGCUGCGGAAUCUAA